AUCAUAAGCACUGGGACUAUUGGAGUAAAUACAGGUCCUUGAUUGACUGAGAGUAGUUCAUGCAGUUGGUAAUGUGGUAUGCCACGGUCCAGUGAAGGGGAUGGUGACAGUGCAAGCCUGGAUGAAGUGAAGAUAGACGUGUGUAUUCUCUGGCUCUUACAGACAAAAGAUACUAUUUGCGCUUUGAUUACACACAAAAGUUAACUUUCUGUACAGCAAGUGCGGGGAUUGAUAACACAGUGAUCUUUUUAGAGGAAAAAAUUUGGCACUACAGAUUUGUUUGUACAACUCUGCUUUGUGGUGCGUGAAUGCCUUUUAUCCUCGUUUUUUAUCUCUGCGGACAAAACGUGUUACUCCGGAGAGAACAAACGUGUGGUUUUUGAACCUAUGGUUAGAUAAUUCGCAGGAAUUUGGUCUGUUUGCGGAUCGUUUAUUUUUUUUUUCCUAGCUCUUUUAUUCGGAAACCAAGCGAAGUUGCCUUUUGCCCUCUCCGUGGGGCAAGUGCGUCCAUCUCCUGCUAAGUGUUAGUUUUGUGGGACAAGUAACAAGCAAGCAUGGAUGGAAUUGGAAGAACUGCAAGUUGGAAUUUAACUUUCAGAAGACAAAGGAUUGUGAAUAUUUAUCUGGCGUGGUUUGCUGCAACAGUGUGCUAUGUUUGUCUGGAUCCCGUGCAAGCUGAACAAGGUUGUUCAAAUGGCGUGACGGUGGGCUUUGAAGCCAGUCACCGACUAGCAGCCUGCUCCGGGUCUUGGCAGGGUCACGUCCGCAACGCCAGCUCCUUGUGCGCGGCAGGUUGGGACGUGUGCAGCUGGGCGGACGAGAGCAUCUUGAAGUCGGUCACGUGGGUCGAAGCUGUGUCGCUUCCUGGAUGCUAUGCGUACAAUGCAGCGCAGGACAGGGGCCAGUGUGGGCCAUGCACGGAGAACACAGAACAGGAUGACAUGGGGGGCGUGGGCCGUGGGUGCCCCCAUCAGAACCCCGGCCAGACCUCCUGCUUGGGCAACGGUCGGAUUGACGCCAGCUGCUGUAUGGACUCCCACUACGGCCAGGCGUGCGCCUACCGGCCGGGUAUCACCACCGGGGUGCUGUGCUGCAGGAAGUCAGAGAGGGCGCCAGUCAUCCACACCCAUCUACCUCCAGAAGUGAGCGUCGACGAGGGCGAAGGAUUCACCCUUCAUUGCCACGCCUCCGGUAGCCCCACCCCUAGUGUCACGUGGCUCAAAGAUCAUUCACCAGUUGACCUUGCCGACAGAAGAAUACAUCUUGCACCCACAGGAACCCUGUACAUCACAAGUGUAGUUCCGAGAGACGCAGGCCAGUACUCAUGCAUCAGGGUCAACUCAGCCGGCACGGCCAGGGAAGAUGCGUUCCUCCAGGUCAAUAAAAAGGCUCCCGCAGCGUGCAGCGACGGCUCAACAGAGGGCCUGUCCCACUUCCCGGAUGUGGCCGCCUGUGCCGGGUCCUGGAAGGGCCUCAUCCGUAAGGGCAAGGUCCUCUGCGCUCACGGCUGGCACGUGUGCGAUGCGGAGGACGCACCGCUGCUGGGUCGCAUCAGUUGGAAGGACGCCAAUAGCGUGAACGGCUGCUACGCUAUGAACAUCGCGAACAACUUUGGUACAUGUUCAAGUUGCACAGGGAAGACGCACGCAGACAACAUGGCCGGUAUCGGCCGCCACUGCUCCAAGCGACGAAAGAGGCAUCCCUCUUGUCUGGGAGAAGGGCGCAUCGACGUCUUCUAUGGCAAGCGGAAACAAGGCGGGCCCAGCUGCACAUACCAGUCAGGGCUGGUAUCGGGCGUCGUGUGCUGUCGGUUGGUGUCAGAAAACAGGGACAAAGGUGAGCCUUUCUGCCGUGAUAAGUGCGAGAACGGCGGCAUUUGCAUCGGCGGCGGAAGAUGCCGGUGCCCACGAGGCUACAAGGGCGCCCUCUGUAAAAUCCCCAUGUGUGAGCCAUCGUGUGCUGUGGGCAGCGUGUGCAUCAGGCCAGGGGUCUGUAGUUGUCUCAAGUUCAGCGAGGACGGCCUGUGCGGAUCCUCCAGCCGGCUCAUGGGAAAGAGCAAAUCAAGGUUCACAGGAAUUUGCAGACGAAUCUGUAUGCACGGAGGAAAAUGUGAACAUGGGGGUUGUUUUUGCCCUGCUACCACAAGAGGGCGGUAUUGCCAACAUGUUCUGCCCCCAUACAAUGACUUCAAGGAACAACUCUUCGACACGUUGCGGUAGAGACAUCCCCUUCUAAACACGUGGACACCACAACACCUUCUGUACAAAGAGAUUUAGUAUGUAUGAGAGAAAAGAAAACUGUCUAUAUUUGAUAUAAUUUAGUUGUUGUUGUGCACCCUGUUGUAUUCUAAAUACUUCUUUGCCGUAUUCGCAGUUGGUUGAAGAAUGUAAAGGAACUAUUUGUUGUAUAUAUGUAAACUAGCGUUGUGAUUCAGUUGCCUAAGGUACGUUAUUGAAGACGUAGUGACACAGAAGGUAGGGAAUCGUAAGGGAUGGAGGUUCACACCCAAUUUUCAGACUUAAAUUCCCAUUCAAAUGACUCAAAACUUUGUUUUUGUAAAAAAAAAAAAAAUGUUUUACAAAGUUGCAUCCCUUACAUGGAGUAGUCAUACCGUUGAAAUAACGAGUACCAAUUAAAUGUACUGCACACUCUGUGGCAGACUAAUUGGUUUUUUUUGGGGGGGGGGGAGAGGGGUGUUGAUAGUUUUUGUGUUUGUGUUUUUGUACAUUUUAAUUCCUUUUUUUAUCACCUUGUACAAAGCAAAAGGCUGUGUUUUAGCAGGUUAGUUGUGUUAACACAAACUAUUAUUAUUAAUCUCAUAUCAGAAUAUCGAAAAGGGUAAAUAUUCCUAAGCAUUUCCAAGGUGAAUGGCCGAUUGUUAUGAAUGCUCGUUUCUGAAGAUUGCAUUAUUUAUUGUUGUAAAUGUUGAUAGUUUAGGGAGAGUCCGAGACUGUAGUUGAGUAUCUCCACAUCAAACUAGGUUCUAAUUCAAGAUCUUCUCAAAGAAUAUAUGUAUAUUUCACGCAUGACUUAUAAUAACAUCAACUGUUCAAAUGAUGUGUGGCCUGGAAAAAAUGCGCAUGCAACAAUUUCCAAUUUUUUGAAAGUAUCAAGGGGGACGAACUCAGAAGGCAGCCCAAGACGUAAACCGGUGUCUCGGAAAGCACUUCACACAAAAAGGAAAAUGUAAUUCAAUUUAAAGGCACUUUAUUGUAUAUGUACUUUCAUUGUCGUUAGUAUGACUUACUGUUUAAAUUGCGGGUACAAAUGUAGGGCUACUCUUAAAAAAAGUUAGGU